UUUGUCUCUCUUGUUUGCUAAUGUCAUUCAUUGCUGUCAUUGAUUGUGAAAGGUUUUAUUUUGUGUUAAUUUUGUAAGGAAAGGAAAUAUUUGUGCUUUACACUACUCUUAGCUGCUAAAUGUUUGCUGAUGUUAUUGUAAUAUAUAAAGUUUAGAAUGGGUAGCAGAAAAGAAAACCUGAAGAAAUCGCUGGGAAUACCUGAAUAUCCGUGGAGUUCAGAUGAUGAAGAUACUCCAUCACAAUCUCUGCAAGUGUUGCGGAGACAAUCAGAUGAACCUCGGCCCAGUGUGGCUGACAUGCCUGGCACUAGCAGUGGAAAUGUUACACAACAAGCGCCUCACUCACCUGCAACAGCGCGGAAGCAACAAGCUAAACUAGACCAUGCCCUGUUCUGGUCUAUCAUCAACAACACGCCCAGACCUUCAAAUGCUGGCGCCGCUCGUCCCAGGUUAGCGUGUGACAUGCCUGUGACGUACGCCCGUCCGUCAGUCCCGUCGCGCUCCGAGUUGCGGGAGUCGCGGCGAGCCGAGCGCACUACAACUUCCUCGGAUAUCCAGCGCAUACUGGCCUUCAAGAAACUAACUCGUAGCCUCCACGACUUCACGCACUACAAGCACGGCUCAAGCAUACAUCCAACAACUUCACGACGUUUGGGUAGCAGCGGCGGUCCGUCCCGUAGCCCGUUGUUUACUCCGUCGCUGUCAGCAGAUACGUCGAACAGGUCCAGAACUUACAACAAUUGUUGCACUCGCUCGCAAUCGGGACGCAGCUCCUUGUCCAUCAACAGAAAUGCCGGUAAUUCUUCCGAAGUGUUGGGUGUGGACCCGCAGCCAUGCCUGUCCCGCUACCGGGCGCUGGGCGCGGCGUCGCGCGCCAGCGUCCCGCCCGCCGACACCGGCCCGCCCGUGCCUGAACAACACCACUUCGUCAAUGUUGAUCAAUCUGAUGAAGAGGUAGAAGCUGUCCAAGAACCACCAGCAGUUGCAGAACAACCUGAUGAAAAUGAGAAUAACGUCGAUGAAGAGAAUGUUGAAGCCCCAGUGCACGACACAACCGGCGCCAUAUCUCUGGAGGAGGAAAUCGUGGAGGUAGAUGCCCCGGACGAGCCUGAGGUGGUGCCUCCUACAGACCUUGAAACUGACUCCGCCGAGGCACGUGCUACCGACGACAAUAAUGCUGUGGCCACAAACUCUGAUGAGAACGCUGUGCCAGCACAAUCACAGUCUCUGUUCCAAGGAGUUAAGAGGAAGAGGGAUGAUGAUGAAAAUGCAGAGCCUUAUUCUGUGCAGGAGUUUAAUCAAAGCCUGCUGCGUCUGCUGGAGUGCCCGGUGUGCCUGGAGUGGAUGGAGCCGCCGAUGUCGCAGUGCCGGCGCGGGCACCUGGUGUGCGGGCGGUGCCGCGCGCGCCUGGCGUCGUGCCCGGUGUGCCGCACGGCCUUCUCGUCCGUGCGCAACCGCGCCAUGGAGGGCGUCGCCGACAUGCUGCGCUACCCCUGCCGCCACGGCUGCGGCCGCGAGGUGCGCCUGCGCCGCCGCGCGCCCCACGAGGCCUCCUGCGCCGCGCGCCGCUACCACUGCCCCGCGCCGCCCUGCGCGCGCCAUCCGCCCCUCGCGCACCACGACCUCGCGCACCACUUCCAGUGCAAGCACCUACCCAUCCUGAAGAUCGGAGGGAAGCAUAAGUUCUCAAUGAAGGUAAACUCGGAGCAGCACGACACGUGGCUGAUCAUGGCGCUGGAUGAGUACUUCCACCUGCGCGUCGACGUCGACAUCCGAACCUGGGGGGUCAUCGUAUAUGUCUCCUACAUAGGGCCCAAGCGCAAGGCCAAAAAUUACGUUUAUGAGGUCUCCGUGGUGGGGCAACACAACUCGAGAAGUCUGGCGUAUAAACGAGCCACACACAGCGACCUCGAGAGCUCGUCAUUAAAUGUAAGUCGUCAGGACUGCUUCCACUUGACCCUCGACCAGGCGCUCAACUUCCUUCGCUUCAAGAACAGGCAUUGCGAGCCAGACAAGUUCUUAGACUUCGAUGUCGAAAUCAGGACAGCACCGGACAUCAACGCUCAGGAUUUAAAAGAAGAUUCUGAUUCAUAAAUAUUUAACAUUAAUGAAGAGGUAUUAUAUAAUUGUGCUUAGAUAAGUGCAAGUACAACACGCUAGGAGACUGGCGCAAGCCGAAAAUGCGUAUUACUUUACGUACGAUAUAAAACGCUGCGCAAAAGCGCUCCUGAACUAGCCACGGCUAUGUGAAGCUAGUUAUAUUGUUCGAUAAUUAUGUGUUUAAUCUGUGAUUGAUUGUUAUAUAGUUUAAAAUGUGACCUUUAAAAGUCUGCAUUUUAAACUGUGAUAACAUUUUUAUUAAAGUUAAGUUUUAUUGAAAGGAUAUCGAUUAUUUUAUAAUAGAAUAGUGUUUAUAGUUUGUCGUUGUAAUGUUAUAUCUUUGACAUCUACAUCACAUAUCUCAGGUUCGUCACGCAUUCUUGUGUGUAAGCUUUUUUUCCAGAAAUAAACAGAUUCUCAAUGUUGUGUAGUGGUUCAAUCACAUUUAUGGAAUGUUAAUAGACAUGUUCUCUAGUUUCCGACUAUCUCAAUAGUAUAGACGUAAGUUUUGAAUGUAUGUUAUAGUUACAUUGGCCUUUAUGGGAUAUUUCGAGAAUAACUCCGCAAUGGUUUUCUAUAUUGGGGUUUACUCUUGUGUUGCAACGAACAAUUUGAUAAUGUCGACACGGUCGGGAAUAACAUUAUAGUAGAACUAGCUCACCGGCUCAUCGUUAGCUCGACUUUUAAUACUUCUAUAGGUUUCAAAAAUGUAAAACAAUUAGUUACUUCCGUAGAAGUAGAAAUGUGUUUCUAUUCUUCAGCAUGGUAAUUAACGCUUUUACCAUAAUCUGAUAACGCCAUCUAUUUUAUUAAUCAAUUCCUCUCAAUAACACGUAUCAUGAGUAAAUUCCGAAAUAUCCCGGUGGCAGGCUACCGUUACGAUCCGUGAUUAUAUUAUACAUAAAUAACAAUAUUUGCUUACUGUUUAGAUCUAGUUGAUUAUUAUCCAUCAUAGUUAUAGAUUGCUCAGUGUUGAUAAUAUGUAAUAUGUCUAAAGUAAUGUAAUGUUCGUUAUAUUAAAUGAGUUGCCAGAUCCAAUUAGCCGGUCAGUUUCGGCUUUAUACACCUAGUCCGGCUAAAACGAUAAUUUUAACUAUAAUAUAAUUUUGAAAUUAUCGUUUCGUAUCAGAAAUCUUGAUUAAAAAUCAUGUCAACCUUUUCCAUGACUUUUUUUUUGCCUAGUCCCGACUUUUGUUUGUGUUGUCAAAAAGAUGUAUCUGCAUUUUCCUGGCAGUAAUAAUUUUAAGACUUUUCCACAUGGUCCGAUUCUCUUGUAGCCGCUGACGUGUCGGGGGUGAUCAAAUAUAUAGAAUAAAACUAAUGAAUUCAAUUAUAUAAAAUAUAUAGAUAGCUUUCACACUUCUCUCGAAAAGU